CAAAAAAAAAUUCCAUAUCAACGUGACCAAACACAUGUUGGUCAACGUAAUGAGCCAUGGAAUCGUUUAUAUUCAACAGCAACUCUUUCCUCUGGUCGUCAUGAAAUUUAUACAAGUGAUCCAAAAGCUCCUUGCGAUUCUCUUGAUUUCCUUCUUAAAAGUCAAUAUGAUCAACAUGGAGAAACAUUCGUAGGACAAGCACGUACUCGUCUUCAAUUAGAAACGGUUUCUGAUGAUCAUGGACGUAUUCUAAAGAAUCGAGUUGUUUAUAAAGCUCCAGUUCAAUCUGAACUUAAUCAUCCAUUACGUAUUGCUGAAAGUGGUCGAAAGGAACAUAUAUCAGAACCAAAACAAGCUAUACAGGGUAAUCAUACGAUGUUAACCAAUCGUGGUUAUGCUCGAAAUCAUCUCGGAUCUUAUUUUGUCGCCUAA